AUGCUUAUAAGGAAAGAAUUUAUUAUAAUUAUUGGAAUAAUUACUUUAUGUAGGAUAUGCUGUAGAGUAGGGAUAAGUACAUAUGAGGAUUUACAUAACAAAGAAAUCGGAGAUGGCCUGUGUAUACGCAUAAAUGGGCCACUAUCGCCUAUACGGAAAUUUAUUUGUGAGAAGUUGAAUUUAAUGUAUUCAAUGCGGUUUUUGUCACCGGGAACAGACGCACAUUACAGUAUAAUUGUUAUAGAUGAUGAAGAGAAUGAAGAGAAUUUAAAAAUAGAGUCAACAAGAGACUAUAAUAAGGAUGCGCCAUAUAUAAAAUCUUCUGUUGAAGAAACAGUAGAGACCGCCGAGGCAACUCCCAUAGAAGAAAAUAAAGAAAAGAAGAAAAGAACAGCGUAUCUUAAAGACUAUCACCAAACAUUGAUAGAGAUGUUUCCUUCUUCAACUGGGUUUUUAUCAAUACAUACUUCUAGAGCUGAUUCGUUUAUUAAAUUUCUUCAGUUUGAGCAUGUAAGUAAGCAUAAAAAUCAUAUUUUAGCUUUUUUAUUUUUAUUAGCAGAGGGAGUGGAUAUACCACUGAAAGUAGAAGGUAGUAAAAGCAGUCCGAUAUUGGUAUUGAAAGAGAUUAUAGCAAAAUCUAAGCAAAAAAACAAAACAGAAGACUUGAAAGAGUGUGAAGAGGAAAAAAAUAUAUUCUCUCUAAGUAUGAAAGACGAUCUAGGCAGUAGAAAGAAUGAAAAUAGCAAAGGGGCGACAAAAGCAGUACCACAAAAAAGAGCAGCUGAUGUUAUAAAUUUCUUUAUAGAGAACAAAAUGAAUCCAGAUAUUCGGGAAGGGGGCAAAUAUGCAGAGCCAAGAACAUAUGAAGAGUUUAACACAGGAAAGUUUUUAAAGAAUGCAAGAUGGUUAAUACAGUAUUAUAUAUUCGAGUACUUGGACAGUGAGAGUAGUAUAAUUGAGUUAGCAAAGGCUGUGCACUCUAUGCUUAAGGAAAGUAUAAAACAAAAAGAGAAGGAAGGAUCAAAUGUAGAAGUAGAAUAUCUGAAAAGUAUUAUUGAUAAGUGCUUUGUUAAAUUUAGUGUUACUAAUACAAUUAAAUCAAAGCAUAGAAUAGACAUAUUGACUACAAUAUAUAAAGAGUCCCCUCUAUUAAAUGUAUUUCCAUUUGCGGGUGAUGUAAGUAUACCAGGCUAUAGAGCCAUCCUAUCAUACAAUAGAAAAAAAGACUCCUUUAAUGUUGGUAAAGGAUACAGCAAUUGUGUUGAGGCGGGAUUACUAGGCCUGUUUUGUUGUUUAGCAUAUGAUGCAGAGACUAAAGAAUACACCACUGAACACAUGGGAGAAGUGUCGCCAGACUUGAAGAGAUUCUUUACUAUAUAUAAUAAACCAUUUGAGACUGAUACAUAUGAUAUUCAUAAGGAAUGGAAUAAAGUAGUGGCUGAUCUAGAGAAUGAGAAUAUUAAGUAUCUGAAAGAAGAUAGAAAUGAGCUUGUAUCAGGUAUAAUAAAUAUGCUAUAUGUUAUUACUGAAAUAACAGGGAGGUAUUCUAAAGAAGAAGAAUCUCUUAAAGAAUUCUGCGCUCGCCUAGAAGAAGGAGGUAAUGAAAAUCAGAGUGAAUUAUUCACAAAAGUAAAGUUAUACACAGAAGAAUUGAUUUUAUCACUCUCUAAGAAAUAUACUGCAGAAGAAGACUCAGAAUUACCAAGCAGAGAAAUAAAGAUAGAUAUUUUAAAUAUGUCAAAAUGCCCAAAUCUUAAUGGGCAAACAGAAUUAUUUGGAGAAGUAGUUAUAACAUAUAGUUAUUUAAAUUUAGAAGGAGGAAUAAAAUUGAACCAUACUAUUAAGCAUGUACAGACCAAAUCUUUCCCUAGUAGAAUUAAUACUUUAACAAAUGAAAAAAAGAAGGAAAUAAUUGAUAAAACUAGCAGUGUUGAGAAAGAGCCCAAACAAACUCUAACUGAUUUCCUACUUAUGCACUUUGUAGACAAAUUAAUGGAGGGUAACAACCCCAUAGGUAAUUAUUAUAAAGAAAAUAUAAAGAUAUCACGAGAAAACAACUAUUUCUACCCAAUAGAAAAGCUUUUUCUGUAUAACACAUUUAAAAGCGCUGAAUAUAGAAUGGGCAUGAUAUAUUAUAUUAGGGGGUGUCUCUUUGGGUAUUCAUUAGAAGAAACUGAUCCAUGGUCACGAUUUCUGUCUAAUAUGAUAGGAAGUCUUCCAUUAGAAGACUUAAAUACAGUGCAAACCGUUUUCUUCAAUCCAUUAUAUAGAGCGGGGCUAUACAAAAGUUUCUGUACAAAAGUCAAUAUAGCCCUAACAAUAGUUGAUAAGCAUAUUAUUUUAAAGGAAGCAUCUGAUUGCUAUGCGGGGUAUAUACAUAAAAGCAACUUACUCUGCGGGCAUUUAGAGAUUUUAAAGGCAUAUUUAGUAACAAAAGGCGAUAGAAAUUGCUUUUUUGCAGCUAUGGCAUUCCGAAUUAGAGGAGAAUAUGCCAUUAAUCAUCUUUCUAUACUAACACAUCAGGGUACGUCUAUAGAACCAUUAUUAGAAAUUGAAGCAUUUUUAAAUAGCAUAGACAGAAAACUUCCAGAAUAUGAAACCGUCAUAAAAGCCAAUGAUAUGUGGUUGGUUUGGCUUAACAUGUUUUUUCGAUCAUAUAAUUUUGACAGUAUUAUAACACUACUUUUUGAUAAAAUUGUGAUUGAUGAAGAUUUUAUCACAGCUGAAGGAACUAAACAUGAAUAUACAGAUGAAAAUAUUAAUGCGGCAAUAUCUAAGUUUAAGAAAGCACAUCUUUCUUCAAGAGUAAAAAACUUUGUGCUUAGCUUGAUUGAAAACAACAUCGAAUAUGCCAAAAAGAUUAGUUAUUUACUAAAAAAACGUGAGGUAUUUUUGAAGAUUAUAUAAACUUCCAACUAAC